AUGGGAAUAAGACCUGUAUCAAACACGGGUAAUACAUUUAAUGGUUUAAUAACAGAAUUUCCAGGACUUGGAGUUGAUAGGUUUAAUACUAAAGCCAAGGUAUAUCUUCUCACGCAUUGUCAUAGUGACCACUUAUGCGGUCUAAGUAACAAGUCAUUUGAUAGCAGAUUGUACUGUUCUGAGACAACCAAAAAAUUGUUAACAUUGGAUCCAUCUUUCCGACAUGUGUUACCUUUUAUGAUAACCCUUGAAAUGAAUGUUCCUUUCACACUUACAUUGAACGGUGAAGAUCUAAAUUUAACUUUAAUACCUGCUUAUCAUUGUCCUGGUGCUGCUAUGUUCCUUAUUGAAGGCGCCGAUAAGAAUGUACUUUAUACUGGGGAUAUAAGAGCUGAGCAUUGGUGGGUAGAAUCGCUUUUCAAAGACCCGAGUCUUUUCCCUUAUACUUCUGGAUUAAAAGUUUUAGAUAACAUCUAUUUGGACACCACCUUUAUUUACAGAGGAGAGCCGUUUAUAGAAAUUCCACUGAACAGUGAGGGUAUUUCAAUCGUUACCCUGUUGCUAAAAUCAUAUCCCAGAGACGAUCCUGAUAUACAAUUCUACUUUGUUGAUAGUACAUCUGGAUUUGAAGAAGCCUGGGCGCAGAUAUCAAAUUGUCUACAGGGUACUUUACAUACAAGCGAAGAAAACAGACUGAGAAUAAAAUUGCUUAAUUCCAAUCAACUAUAUCCGCAUUACGGUCUCAUACUUAAUGAUUUGAUUAAUAAGGCAGAAUCAAAUAAUUGCAACAUGAAGUUCCAUGCAUGCGGUAAAUAUUUAGGUUCAUGCAAGCAAGAUUCUCCUAAAUUUCCAAUAAAAAUAAAGCAAUGCAUUGAUUUUAAUAUUUUGGAUUUUGCAGGUGUCUUUUGUCCAAUUCUUCUAAGUAGCCUUUCAUUUUCUGAACUUAACAAGGAAUUAAAAACUUUAGGGAAAACUGCAAAAGGAAACAUCAUUUAUGAGUUUCGUGGAAGGAGAUGGCUCUGUAGAAAAGAGGGAAAUGAACUCUUGCCUGCUGAUAUUAAGUUAAUAUUUUCCAGACAUUCUUCGUAUACAGAAUGUAGGAAUUUCGUUUCUAAAUUUAAAUUUAGAGAUAUUUAUCCUUGUACUGAAUCGGAAAACACCUGGUUAAGAGGAAUGACAAUGUCACGCUUGUUUGGCGAUUUGGUUUAUAAUACAUCUCAGAGUGAUAUUCCCUUACUUUCCUAUGACCGGACCAAAUCACUAGAGUAUGGAUUUUUAAAUUCUAUACUAUCGAAUAGGCCUGUUAAAAUUAUUAACAGGUGGAAAAUCUCUCAGUGCAUCGAUGAAGUAAGAUUAGUUAAACGUUAUCUAGCGAGAAUUAAAGGUAACUCCUUUGAAAUUCGAAAUCCGAAUUCUAAUCAUUUUAAUUUUGAAGGUCAAAAAUUUAUUUCGAAGCUAGAUUUUUCCGAAUACACGGAAGAUGAAAAGCAAUUUUGCAAGGAAAGACACAAUGACAUGGAUUUACAAAAAAUUAUUAUAGGUAGGGGAGAUGCAUGGUUUAGGAAGAUAAUAGAAGAUCUGCAAAUGCUAUAUUAUAGAUAUCAUAAUGACAUUGAGGGGGGUGUGCGAAGUGUUCUAAGAAACGAGUCCGGUAGUGAUGUACAAUUUAAUGAAGGGAUGAAACUUGGUGGUAUUGAUAGAUAUAAUUAUGGGAAUGGGAGCAUUCUGGAUGAAUCAGCAAGCGACUAUUAUGAUAGUGAAAAUGAUUCUCACCGGAAUAAAGAAGAUACUUCUUCGAAAUCUGGAAUUAAGACCAAUGAAAUAAUUCAGGGGAACCUGACAGUAGAAGUAGGUAAAGGGGAUGAAUUGACAGAUAUUGAAGAUGAUGAAUCUGAUAGCGGUGUUACUAAGGAUCGAUCAAUUGAAGAAAAGAAGUUUGAAUGGGAAUUACAAAGCAAGAGAGUUCCUAUAAGAGUCAAUAAACACAAGACAUCCUAUAAUCAAACUAAAUUUGGAAGGCCAUGUUUAAAACGAAUAAAUAAGAACAGUGAUAAAAAAAUUUACAAAUCUAAAAUUUCAUUCAUUGAGUCUACCUUUAGCUCUUUUGAAAUAAGUUUCAAAAGGAAGAUUAUUGAAACUGAAGACGAUCACUCAGUCUCAAUAAAGGUAAAGAAACCUUCGCUGGUGAUAUUGGCAAAUCGGCAACUAAGUGCCAGUAAAAUUUACUUCAAAUCUUGUGCCAAUGUGAACUCUGAAAUGGUACAGAGUGUAUCAAACAACUUACAUGAUGACCCAGCAAACUGGUUUAGCUUGAAAUUAAAAUCCGUGGAUAUGCAGCUCAAUCAAGCUAAAAGUUUCACAUAA